AACUCACACCUUUUGUACAAAAAUCAUCCAUUUCCUUAGGGACCUAAUAACUAUUGCCAUCACCCAGUGAUAUCAGAGCAUCCAGAACAUAUAAACCCAGACGACCACCCGUUUGGAAAAGCUUUUGAACAUAUUUGCGGCGCACACACCCUUUUUUCUACGAUUUUUCACUCAAUUACAUCCAGGUAACGUCUGAAGCCCACCAAUUUGGCCAUGACGUCGGCACAUACCCAGUUCAAUUACAACCGACGCAGCUCUGCGUCAUCGCCGUACACAAUCCCCGCCAAGCACCAUCACCAGUAUGGAACCGGUGUACCUCAUUACUCUCAGCAUCACCGGAGUUUUAGUCAAGGUCACCAGACGAGGCCGGUAUUUCGACCGGAUAAUGGCGAGGCCAUAGAAGACACUACCGAUGAGGCGGCGAUGUCGUCGUCGGUACCAACGCUCUCACGAGAGUUUGUGGCCCGUCGUAUCAGCGAAGGUGAAUCAGGUCGUCUAAAAGAAGAAUUGAAAUGCGAGGCUUGUGGGAAAGGCUACAAACACAUUCUGUCACUUGCCAAACACCUAUGGGAGCACACACCCGAAUGGAACGUCACCAAGAAGCUUCUCAUCUCCAAACAUCAGCAGGUGCAAUUACUUGAAGCUGCGAGUAUUUUGGUGGGAAUGACUGACAAAGACGUGGCGGAGUCUCCCGGGGUGUUUGACAGCAGUAGCAGGCGAAAUAGUCUUUUCCAAGACGACGAUACGCCUGUGCAUGGCAGAAAGAACUCGGUUUCUCAAUACCCUCCAUCAUCCUCAUCUGCUACAUCGUCCACAUCUCCACCCACCGUACCAGUGGACUCGUACUUAGUAAAAGACGAGGCCUCGGUCCUGUUUGUCGCCGGCGGCUACUUGGACUCGAAGGCCGGUUUUUCAGAUGUGCAUUCUGAAUCAAAUACCCACUCCCGUUUAGAUUCGGUUUCCUACAAGCAUUCAAGCACCCCCAACAUGCCGAUGAUAUCACCACGAUCACACAACUGGGUCGAUGACGAAGAUAUCGUGGGCAAGAUGGAAUAAGGGGGAUAUGUAAAAUUAUGAUCAAUUAAGGAGUUGUAAUAGAUUAAUUCACAUAAAUUUUGGUGCGCGUUACAGAACAUCGCUUCUCGAACGUGCAA